AUGCAUUUGCUCUCGAUACUUGGCAUAGUCACUCUUUCCCUCUCGGGGGUCUCGACGGCAUUGGCAAUUGAGGGAGAGCCAAACGUCAAUGCCCCUCUGGUGCAACAGCAUCUCAGAGACCGCGAGAAGCUGAUCGCGUUGGAAAAGACACAUCGACAGGAUCACAUCUUCCGGCAGAGUCUCUCCCCAACUGCCAAACGGGCUGAUGAGAUUGUUCAAGCAAUUCGACAGGAUGAGAUUGAGCAUUACUGGCGAGUGGCCGGCACGCCAGACGAUGAGGAGAAGGAACAGUUCGCAGGAGAGGAGUUCCCCCUUGCCCGGCCGCAUAUCUCCAACACGACCCUUUGGAAAGUGAUCAAGCGUAUGCCCAAGGGUGCACUUUUGCAUGCUCAUCUAUCGGCUAUGCUGCCGUACGAAAAAAUUCUGGAAAUCAUCAUCCACACUGAAGGAAUGGUAAUUUCUGCGUCACAGCCUGUUGACACUAAUGAUGCCAAGGAAAAUGCCACCAUCACUUUCGCCCAUAAUAACGGCACUCUUUCGAGCAAUCAGUCCAGGAUUGACUCUGCUGAAUACAUUCCUAAAACAGAGAUUCCUGUCAAAACCGCCGCAGCCAGCUUUGAAGGUGGUGAAGCGGGUUUCAUUGAAUUUAUCAGAAGUAAGACAACCAUUUUACCGGAGGACUCGACCCGCCACGAGUUAGGUGUCGACGAGGUCUGGAGACGGUUCCAGGCCUGUUUUGGUCCGGCUGAUACCAUGAUCCAGUACGAACCCGUGGUCAGGAAGUUUUACCAGAAACUCUUCGAAGAUCUGGCAACCGACGGUAUUAACUGGGUGGAGAUCCGAAGCGGAGGAUCAAGUGGGCUGCUAGUCCACAAUGGAAAAGAAGACAUUGACCCUGAUCUCGACGCUUGGUGGCAUGUCUUAGUUGAGGAGAUUGCGAAGUUCAAGGCCACCGAGCUAGGCAAAAACUUCUUGGGUGCAAGAGUUAUUUGGUCGGAUAUGCGCUUCGAGAACCGCUCUUCGAUCACUAAGAGCAUGAGAAUCGCCAUCCAGAGGAAGCAAAACUUCCCAGAGCUCUUCAGUGGCUACGACCUGGUUGCCCAAGAAGAUCUCGGCCGUCCUCUUUCUGAUCUGGCACCGGAACUGGUAUGGUUCCGUCAACAGACCGAGGCCUUGAAUCUCACCAUUCCGUAUUUCUUCCAUGCUGGAGAAACGCUGGGAGACGGGAACUCGACAGAUCUUAACUUGUUCGAUGCAGUCCUGUUCAACACGCGACGAAUCGGCCACGGCUUCUCCUUAUAUAAACACCCAAAGUUGAUCCGUCAAGUGAUUGAACAAAACAUCAUGGUAGAAGUAUGCCCUAUUUCGAACGAAGUGCUCCGUCUGAGCGAGGAUGUUCUUCACCAUCCGUUGCCGGCGAUGAUUGCCCACGGCAUUCCGACUGCAAUCAGUAACGAUGAUCCAGCCAUCCUCGGACAGGAUGUGGCAGGGUUGAGUUAUGAUUUCUAUGAAACUAUUCAAGCCUUUGAUAAUAUUGGUCUCGCCGGAUUGGGUGCGUUGGCACAGAACAGCCUACGGUGGGCAAACUUCGAAGACCAGUCCGACAAAGAUUGGAUCCAAGAUAUUGACCGUGGUGAGGAUGGAACUGGUACCAAGGCUAAGCACAUUAAAGCUUGGAACAGGGACUGGGAGGACUUUUGCAAGUGGAUCGUGGAUGAAUACGGGUCAAAGUACGGGACAGCUAAGAUUAACUAA